AUGUCGAACGCCGAGCUCGCCAGCGCUUACGCCGCUCUCAUCCUUGCCGACGACGGCAUUGAGAUCACUGCCGACAAGCUGAACACCAUCAUCAAGGCUGCUGGUGUCCCUGACGUCGAACCCAUCUGGGCCACGCUCUUCGCAAAGGCCCUCGAAGGCAAGGAUGUGAAGGAUCUGCUUCUCAACGUCGGCUCCGGCGGUGGUGCCGCGGCCGCCGCUCCCGCUGCCGGUGGUGCUGCCGCUGGCGGUGCCGCUGACGCCGCUCCUGCUGAGGAGGAAAAGAAGGAAGAGGAGAAGGAAGAGUCCGACGAGGAUAUGGGCUUCGGUCUCUUCGACUAA